GUUCACAUGCAGGAACAUCAUGGCGGCUGCAUCAACACCGGCGGUGCAUGAGCAGACACCUAAAGCAUCGGCGUCAGGGCCAAUGCCUUUUGACUUCUCUCAACCCCCGGUCAUCGAAGGCUUCAGCCCUUUGCCCAGGAUCAAAGAGGAGACUUUCAAAGAAAAGUUAACUAGGAAAACCAAGGAGAACCCCUUCGUUCCCAUAGGUUGUUUGGGCACAGCUGGGGCCCUGAUCUACGGCCUCCGCGCUUUCCACCAAGGGAAAACCAGACAGUCCCAGAUGAUGAUGAGGGGACGCAUCUUUGCUCAAGGUUUCACAGUAGUUGCCAUCAUCUUUGGUGUAUUUGCCACAGCCGUGAAACCAAAGCAGUGAGGACGAACCAGUGCAUCUCUUCCGUGGUCCUUUCAACUUGGCGUUGGACUCUGAACAAGAUGAAUGAUGUUCUUCAACCGUCAUUCACAUGCAUUUGUAAAUGCCAAAUUAUUUAUAUUAUUGCUUAGAAACUGUGACUUUUGUUCAAGGUGAUAAAAUGCUUUGCAUCGACGCUCCAGUAUUCAACAAAGUCGAGGCAGCUUUUUACCGAGACCAUGUAAGCAAGCUGGGUUCAUUUUAAACAAUGUAACAGUUUUUGCAGCUCUAAGACUUUUACUUUCAGAUAUUUCCAAGGUAACAUUGGAAUAAUUCAAAUAACUGUUUUCUGAUAUAAACUUUCCUUUGACUCCAAUGUCUUGUCUGUUC